UUAAUUAAUGUUUGAAAUAUUAGACUGAUGAUUAUUACAGUUAAUUCAAAAGCAUGGCUAGAACACAGAGCUUGUAAGAAGUACAUCAUCUGCAUGGUCCGGCUCGAGUGGUACUUUUCCCACACUCGAAUCGCUACCCGAAUAGAAUCAGAAAUAGUUUCUAUAGUAUCAUUUUGCAAUAGUUUUAUUACAAUAAACCGCUUUCAAAUUUGAAAUCCAAGCGGAAGUUAAUUAGCAGACACGCGAAACUAGUUUCUAACCGUUUUGUGCCCCCUGUUUAAAAAAGCAUACCGUGUAUACAGUGCUACAGCCUGUCCGUCGACGGCAUCGGUGGAGACACACAUACAGCAGCUCUUGGCAACACUGCCAAAACAUCGAAGGCGGCAGCGGCGUGUAUUUACGUUCCAUUGCCGCUUGUCAAACUGAAGCGGUUUCCGUGGGUUUCAAAACAUAAACCAAAAAGGAAGCCCGUCCUGCUGUUUUCCAGAUUUGUGCCCCUUGCCACCGCAGAAUGUUUUAUCACAUAUCCUUGGAGCAUGAAAUCCUGCUGCACCCACGGUACUUCGGGCCGCAGCUAAUCGAAACGGUCAAGCAAAAGCUGUACACCGAGGUCGAGGGUACGUGUACCGGCAAGUACGGGUUUGUGAUUGCCGUCACCACUAUCGACGAUAUCGGAUCCGGCACGAUACAGCCGGGCCAGGGCUUUGUGGUGUACCCGGUCAAGUACAAGGCGAUCGUGUUCCGGCCGUUCAAGGGCGAGGUGCUGGAUGCGACCGUCAAGCAGGUGAACAAGGUGGGCAUGUUUGCGGAGAUUGGCCCACUGUCCUGCUUCAUCUCGCACCACUCGAUCCCGGCCGACAUGCAGUUCUGCCCGAACGGGGCCCCGCCGUGCUAUCGGGCGAUAAAUGGUGAGAGCGUAAUUGCGGCCGAGGACAAGAUACGGCUCAAGAUCGUCGGAACGCGUGUCGAUGCCACCGGUAUUUUUGCGAUCGGCACGUUGAUGGACGAUUAUCUCGGACUGGUGGGCAGUUAAGCGUUAGAUUUUUCGAACAACCGCGACAAAUCGAUGACGAGAUUUAUUUAAGAAGAGUGUAUGUGUGUGUUUGUGUAAUGUUAAGGUACAAAUAUAUGUAGCACAAUGACGGCACGGAA